ACCCAGCGGGUUUUUUCAAGAGUUUUAUCACAACAAUUGUCUACUGCCUGAAGUAGGUGAAAUGAACUUUAGGAUUAGGCGAUGGCUACGAUUUUGUGGUGAAAAAAAAAGUUCCUCGGGGACCGCGUGAUUGUUGCUUUUUCGGUCAAUUGAAGACAGAAUGGGCCAGACGUCUGUCUCUACCUUGUCUCAAAAUGCGAGCGGUGUUGACGGACUGGAAAAAUGUUCUCUUGCCAGCUGUGAUGUUGUGGUGGGCAGCACCCAGACUCCUCCACUUAAGCAGAAGGGGAAGCUCUCCACUAUAGGGAAGAUCUUCAAACCCUGGAAGUGGCGCAAGAAGAAAACCAGCGACAAGUUUCAGGACCUAUCCAUAUUUCUGGAGAGGAAAAUCUCCACGAGGCAAAGUCGAGAGGAGCUGAUAAGACGAGGAGUCCUCAUUCCGGAUCAAGGACCAGAGGACCCAGUGAACCCUGAGACUCUAAAUGGCCACGCCACGCUUAGUCUGGGGUCAGAGGAGGUCAAAGUUGACAUAGAGUCUCCUGAAACGCCUUCAGAGGAGAAGACCGAAGAGUCAGAGAAUUCUGAAGACAAAGCAGCCAAAUCCUCUCAUCCUAAGAAAACUGGAGGCACAUCCAAGACCACUGCCCAGUCCUCAUCCUCCUCAUUGUCCACACCGUGUACCAGAAAGAUCUCGAAGGACAGGCCUGCCAAUCCAACCGGGACAGAGAAGACCAACAAGCGCGAGCUCCAACUAGCAACUGACCCUUCCCGCUUCUCUGGAGCCCCCAAGGCCUCCCCAGACACAGACAGCCUACCAGGUGAAAGAUGGCUCACGGGUCCUGGGGAUGGGAACCAGGGGGGUAAGGAGGAUCCCUCUUCUGGCCCAGAUGGCAGGCCUGCUGCUCAGGAUGACUCCUCUCUGCCUGGGGUGGAUAAAGACAAUGCCUCAGGUGCUGGCCCUCAGGACCCUGGAGAGAAAGCGCCCCUUGUCAACAGCACCACUGAGGACACUUCCUUCACUGAGUCUCAAAACGAGAGCUCCACGGAGGAAGCCCUGGGGACUGGGAAAGAUGGAGGUGACCAUGAGCAACAGUCGGCGGACGAAGACCAUGACUUAGAGAAAAAUCUGAGGCCUACCAAUGGGAUUGGUGAGAAGCUCCACAGUGUUAACCUGGAGAGCCCAGAGGUUACAGUCAUCCCAGACAGCACUACGGAGUCUGACUACCACUCCACAGUCAGCGACUCCGACUCAGAUGGGCCCAUCCUCUACCGAGACGAAGAAGAGGACGAGGAUGACGAGGACGAGUAUACCACAAGCUCUCUAGCCAGUAAGAUCCGCCGCAGGGACACCCUGGCCAUCAGACUUGGCAACCGGCCCAGCAAGAGAGAGCUGGAGGAGAAGAACAUCCUGCCUCGCACCUCUGAGACCGAGAGGCAGGAACUCCGCCAGCAGAUUCACUCCAAGCUAGUGAGACGACUUAGUCAGAGGCCCAGUACUGAGGAACUGGAGCAGAGGAACAUUCUGAAACAGACAAAUGAUGCUGAUCAACAUGAAGCCAUACAAGAGAUUAAAAGGAGGCUCUCCCGAAAGUUGAGUGUGAGGCCGACAGUAGCAGAGCUGGUGGCUCGGCGGAUUCUGCGCUUCAAUGAGUACGUGGAGUGCACAGAUGCUAAGGACUAUGACCGUCGCGCAGACAAACCCUGGGCCAGGCUCACGCCAGCUGACAAAGCUGCUAUCCGUAAAGAACUGAAUGAGUUCAAAAGCAAAGAGAUGGAAGUUCAUGAAGAGAGCAAGCAAUUUACCAGAUUCCAUCGGCCCUGAGGCAUUUCUCUCUCCAGUGGGGGUGCUGGUCGGCGGCCGGCACUGCCUAAAGACUCUCUCUCUCCGCUGCGGGCUUCACCAUCGGGCUUUUCCCCGGAGCCUGGGGCCUGGAUGCCCCUAGGCACGGACACAUGGACACCGUCUCCCAGGGCCAACCUGUCUCCAGCUCUACAGAUCAAUAGAGGUUGAUUACAUUGGGCCACACCUGCUUACACAGACCAGACUGGGCUUUAGUGCUGUGUGAAAAGUGACGGAGAGAGAGGCCAGUAUCCAUGAAGGACAAAACUGUUGCACUUUGUAACACAGCACUGAUUUCAUUACCCACAUACUUUUUGGCUUCCCUAAAGCACCUUAACAGGCCUUGACCAAGUCCCCAUGGACUGGAAGGGAAAUGGUUUUGCAACUAUGACAAUGUUGUAGGUUAGGCAAGUCCAGCCAAAGGUAACAGUAAUCAAAUCAAUGUUUAUUUGUGAUAUGCACAGGAUAUAACGUAAACCGUGCAAUGCAAUGCUUACUUGCAAGCUUCCUCAACAGUGCAAUGACAAAUAUAACCAAAUCAGACACAUAGUCCUUAACUUAACGUAAUCAUGGAAGUGCAUGGCAAGGUGUUAGGAAGAAAUGGUUACGUUUACCGCCACGUGGUCUUGAUGGUGGAAAUUAAGGUGUUUGGGUCUUGUUUUAAGGGGUGAUUGUUGAUGCUGAUCUCAAAGUGGCUGGGACAACAUGAAUUUUGCCUAGAUAGUAAGGAAUAUGUAUCGUUACUGUUUUUGUCAUGUUUUCUGGAACACUUACCAUUAUUGAGCAUAUCUUUUACAGAGACAGAGCAGAGUGAACCCUAUUGAUCUAUGUAGGCUAUUCUUCCAUUCUCUCUUUCCAAAUUUAGAGCAAGUUCAGAACACAUUGGUCUGCCCUUCAGAUUGGUUGAGCUGUUAAUAAUGGAUGGUCUGUGUAGUUUGAAAGUAUAUGAUAAAUGUUAGUAUUUUACGGUCCCAGAUGAAUCCAUUGAGCUUUUUUCCUGGUCAUAAAAUGUGAAGCAUUUCUUUGAUAUUUCUGUGAUGAGGUGCACCAAUCAAUUUACAUUCAUUUCAGACUGCUAAGGUCAGCUGUAGAAUAUAGGAGGGGAACCAUAGUAUUCAUGCCAAUGUUUUUCUCAUUCUAUGGAUUUUUUGUACAUAAUGUAUAUCAGAUGCAUGAUCACAAGUUUACUGCCAAUUACCCGAUAGAUUUUUACAUGUGAUGUGAUGUACAGGAUUAGUUUCGUAUUGAUGGCGCUAUGUGCUGUUCAUAUGUGAGUACUGUAUCUUUGAAUUAUGCCUGUACAUAAUAUUCAUGUAUAUACAGUACCAGUCAAAAGUUUGGACACACCUGCUCAUUAAAGGGUUUUCUUUAUUUUUAC